ACAUGAGACUUAUAAAUACUUCUACAGAAGCUCAUUUACAUGUACAUGGCGUUAGCAGACAGGUGCCUAUGCAAACAUGUAACUGACCACCAAAAAUCCUGAGGCACAUAUUUGAGAAUCCUACUGAAACACAGGCAUGCAGUAUUCACAUAACAUAUCUGAUAGACCUUGCAACACACACUCUACCACAAUAGCAUAUGGUGGGAAACAGAAGAUCAGACAGGGCUGGUGACAGCAGCGGAGCAAUGUCUCAAGCUUGGAAUGCCUCUGUUACAUCAGAAUUGCCCCCUGGGGGAAUCAUUGUGCCUGUGGUGUUCUCCUUGAUAUUUGCUCUAGGCACAGUAGGAAAUGGAUUAGUCUUGGUUGUGCUCCUGAGGAAUGGCCAGACUAAGUACAACACAACCAACCUCUUUAUUCUAAACCUAGGAGUGGCAGACUUAUGUUUUAUACUACUAUGCGUCCCUUUCCAGGCCACCAUAUACACCCUGGAUGGAUGGUUAUUUGGAGCUUUCCUCUGUAAAGCAGUUCACUUCUCCAUCUACUUGUCAAUGUAUGCCAGCAGUUUUACCUUGGCUGCCGUCUCAGUUGACAGGUACUUAGCUAUCCGCUACCCACUGAAAUCCAGAGACCUCCGUACCUCUAGAAAUGCCCUUGCAGCUAUUGCAGUUAUAUGGGCCCUUUCUAUCCUGUUUGCUGGCCCUUAUCUAAGCUACUACCAUAUUAUUCUCUAUAAUCAAGUACCCAUUUGUAUUCCUAACUGGGAAGAUCGUAAGAGGAAGAUAAUGGAUGUGUCUACUUUUGUUUUUGGCUACCUACUCCCUGUGCUUAUUCUUGGUCUCUCCUAUGCCAGAACCAUCUGCUUCCUGUGGACUUCAGUGGACCCUGUGAAGACGGUGUCUGAAUCCAGAAAGGCCAAGCAUAAAGUAACCAAAAUGAUUAUCAUAGUAGCUGUGUUGUUCUGUAUUUGCUGGCUACCUCACCACUUAGUCAUCCUGUGCUUCUGGUUUGGACACUUUCCCUUCAAUAGAGCUACGUAUGCCUUCCGCCUGGUCUCUCACUGUAUGUCCUAUGCUAAUUCUUGCCUCAAUCCAAUUGUGUAUGCCCUUAUCUCUAAGCACUUCCGUAAGCGAUUUAAACAAGUUUUUACAUGUAUGCUGACUCAAAAACGUGCACGCAAUAAGGUUCAUGCAGUGCAAACUGCCAAUACUGUAGCUGGUUUUUAUGCUGGACACACAGAGGUCACCCAAGUUCAAGAGGAGACUGCUCGUGGUGGAAGAGCAGCAAGAGAUGAAGUUAUUGAGGGUCUUAGUACAGAAGAGUCAACAAGUCACAAGGUAAUUGGUGGAAGCUGGGGAACACGUUUGCCCAAGGCUGUUGGCUUUAAAACGGAAACAACAUAGACCUGAGAAAGAAAAAAGCAUACCAAAUGGAGUCUCUCAAGCAGUAUGACAAAAGAAGUUAACAAAUCCCUGCUAGUAGCUGAUCA